UUGGGGUGUAAAGUGUCUUUCAGAUCGAAGCAAUCUGAAUUUUAAGAUGGCGUCCAAAUUGCGGGACCCUGGUCACGACAAUGGCGUAGUCGACGCUCCUCCGAAAAAGAAGAGAAGCUCGAAAUUAGACACGGCGAUGAGGCAACUAUCGGAAGCCAAUUCCAGUAGAAAUCAGCUUACUGAAGAGUUGAUGAAAGCGCAAGAGACGAUCCGCUCACUGCAAGCUACCUUAUCGUCGGCAAGAAGCGAAUUUGGAGAUGUCAAUAGCGUUGAAUUUGAAAAUGACCUGGGACCUUGCAGCACCGAGCACCCUGUUGGCCAGCGAGGUGAAUCAUCAGCUGAUUUAUCGCGCUUUGUUUCUUCUUUAAAUCAAAUAUCGCUAUCAUCAAUAAACGUUCCCGAAUGCAAGCCAAGUAUGGAUGGAGAAGAAAUUUCAAGGCUGGAUUUUGAUGCAUGGGUGGAUCUUUUUGAAAGCUCAUUGGUGUUAGCAGGCAUCAGCGAUGAAGCAACAAAAUAUAUGGUCUUCAAAGUUAGAGCAGGACAAAAACUCCUCGAAGUUUAUAGAGCGACGGAGUCAACGAGCGACGACCCUAAUCAAGACACUCAACCUUUUUCUAACGCUCUGUUCCGUCUGAAGAAAUACUUUACCUCAACCUCGGAUGUCAUGCUUCAGCGCCGAAAGCUUGCACUGAUGUCCCAAAAGCCAGAGGAGCCGGAUCUGGGGUUUAUACGACGAGUUGGGAUAGCAGCAAGCCUAUGCGAAUACGCGGAAGGCAAACAAUUUGAAGAAAUUCUAAGUACCGUGGCGGAGCAAGCGAAGCACAAAGAGGUGAGGAUUGCAGCUCUUAAAAUGAUGAAUCGUAAAGGAUCCAUCACGGAUCUCAUUAACAAAGUACGGGAGAUUGAGACAAUACGUUUAAACGAGGAAUAUGUGUCUAAGAAGCAAGCCGUUACAGGGAUGCCAGUGAUUGCAGUGAACGCUGUUCGUACUGUAGCUGAAAUACCACGGUACGGUGCUUGUAACACAGCCUCCAUAAACACCUCAAAUCAAAGCUUCAAUCGACGGGGUGGACGUGGGCAACGUGUAUUCAGGGGAGGUAUGAGUUGGCGAAAUUCGAGCUCCCAGGUCCCGGAGCGCUGUACUCGAUGCAACAGUAUCUACCAUUCUGCUGAACGAUGUUUUGCGAUCGAAAUGACCUGUCACAACUGCGGCGUCAAGGGUCAUUUGUUGAGGGCGUGCAAUCAACCAGUUCCACCGAAGGGCGGACAACUAUCGGAUUCCCGGGAGCGAAUUAUGCAUUCUUCAGAAGUAGCGAUAGUCAGCACCAAACCAGAAGCAAAGCCUAACGAGGAAAACACUGAGAGAACUGUAAGCGAUGUUUUAUCUACAUCAUCCUAAUCGGUGGGCAUAUGUCUGAAACAAUAUGUUUGAACUCAAAUCUGUAUUUUGAACUUGAUACUUUGAAA